UUCAACAAGUAGCCAUACAAUGCCAGAACAAAGACCAGGAAAUGGCCCUCCUGCAAAUGGGAAUGCAACAGGUGGAAAUGCUUACACAAUUGACUUGCCUACUUUUAGUAAGCGACUGAAGGACUUAUAUUCACACUGGCGUGAACAUAAAGAUGAGUGGGGUUCUUCUGAUGUCCUUGCUAUAGCUACUCCACCACCUUCAGAGGACUUAAGAUACUUAAAAUCCUCGGCUGUAAAUGUAUGGUUACUUGGGUAUGAGUUCCCUGAGACUAUAAUGGUCUUUGGGAACAAGCAGAUACAUUUUCUGUGUAGCCAAAAGAAAGCUUCAUUGCUGGAUGUUGUGAAAUUGACUGCUAAAGAGGCUGUGGGAGUGGAAGUUGUCACACAUGUGAAGACCAAAGGUGAAGAUGGGACUACUAAAAUGGACAAAGUGCUCCAUGCUAUUCAUGUGCAGUCAUUAUCAGAUGCUUAUGAUACUCCUGUUAUUGGAUAUAUUGCACGAGAAGGCCCUGAAGGAAAGCUCUUGGAGGCAUGGGCUAAGAAGAUGAAAGAUUCUGGCCUUCAGCUUAAUGAUAUAACAAGUGGACUUUCUGACCUUUUUGCUGUGAAGGACCAAAAUGAGCUUGUUAAUGUGAAGAAAGCUGCACAUCUGACUGCUUCUGCUAUGAAGAACUUUGUUGUUCCAAAGCUUGAGAAAAUAAUUGAUGAGGAGAAGAAAGUAACUCAUUCCUCGUUGAUGGACGACACAGAAAAGGCUAUUCUAGAGCCUGCUAAAGUCAAGGUGAAGCUGAAAGCUGAGAAUGUGGAUAUAUGUUACCCUCCAAUUUUCCAGAGUGGUGGUAUUUUUGAUCUUAGACCUAGUGCUACAAGCAAUGAUGAUGGUUUGUAUUAUGAUUCUGCCAGUGCCAUCAUAUGUGCAAUUGGUUCACGAUACAGCAGCUACUGUUCGAAUCUUGCCAGAACGUUUCUAAUUGAUUCCACUCAGAUGCAGACCAAGGCUUAUGAAGUGCUUCUUAAAGCCCAAGAGGCGGCAAUAAGUGCAUUGAAACCUGGUAACAAGGUUAGUGCUGUUUAUCAAGCAGCUCUUGCUGUGGUUGACAGGGAUGCUCCUGAAUUGGUGAACAACCUGACAAAGUCUGCUGGGACAGGGAUUGGUCUUGAGUUUCGAGAGUCAGGGUUGAUCCUAAAUGCUAAAAAUGAUAAACUGUUGAGACCGGGAAUGGUUUUCAAUGUAUCACUUGGUUUCCACAAUCUGCAGAAUGAGACCAACAAAGAAAAGAGCCGGAAUUUUUCACUUUUGCUAGCAGAUACUGUGAUAGUCACUAAGGAUGGUCGUGAUGUGAUCACCCAUUUGAGCUCCAAAGCUUUGAAGGAUGUGGCCUAUUCUUUCAAUGAAGAUGAAGAAGAAGAGGAACCACAAAUGAAAGCAGAGUCCAAUGGUAGGGAUACCAUGUAUUCCAAGGCAACACUUAGGUCUGACAAUCAUGAGAUUUCAAGAGAAGAGAAGCGAAGGCAGCACCAGGAAGAACUUGCCCGUCAGAAGAAUGAAGAGACUGCUCGACGUCUUGCUGGUGAAGAAACAUUAACCGGGAAUAACAGGAGUGCUAGGACUUCGACUGACGUUGUUGCCUACAAGAAUGUCAAUGACCUACCACCACCCAGAGAGAUGAUUAUUCAGGUUGACCAAAAGAAUGAGGCCAUCCUUUUACCAAUAUAUGGUAAUAUGGUUCCUUUCCAUGUGGCUACUGUUAAGACUGUUUCAAGCCAACAGGACUACAUCCGAAUCAUAUUUAAUGUUCCUGGUGCCCCUUUCUCACCUACUGAUGUGAAGAAUCAAGGUGCCAUCUACCUAAAAGAAGUUUCAUUUCGUUCCAAGGAUCAUAGGCACAUAAGUGAAAUGGUCCAGGUGAUUAAAACACUUAGACGUAAUUAUAUGUCAAGGGAGUCUGAGAGAGCUGAAAGAGCAACUUUAGUGACUCAGGAAAAACUUGUCCUUGCAGGGAAUAAAUUCAAGCCAGUUAGGCUGCCUGACUUAUGGAUCCGUCCCACAUUUGGUGGUCGUGCACGAAAGCUUGCUGGUACACUGGAAGCUCAUGCCAAUGGUUUCCGGUAUUCAACCACAAGACAAGAUGAACGUGUUGACAUCUUGUAUGGUAAUAUCAAGCAUGUGUUCUUCCAGCCAGCAGAGAAGGAGAUGGUUACCCUUCUUCACUUUCAUCUGCACAACCACAUAAUGGUGGGGAAAAAAAAGACAAAGGAUGUUCAGUUCUAUGUUGAGGUAAUGGAUGUGGUCCAAACGCUUGGAGGUGGAAAGAGGUCUGCAUAUGAUCCAGAUGAGAUUGAGGAAGAACAGAGGGAAAGAGAUCGAAAGAACAAAAUCAACAUGGACUUCCAGAGUUUUGUGAACAGGGUGAAUGAUAUUUGGAGCCAGCCUCAGUUCAAAGGAUUCGACCUGGAGUUUGAUCAACCUCUGAGAGAACUUGGGUUCCAUGGUGUUCCCUAUAAAUCAUCAGCUUUCAUUGUACCAACCUCCAGCUGUUUGGUUGAGCUGGUGGAGACGCCAUUCCUUGUGAUAACCCUAAGUGAGAUUGAGAUUGUUAACUUGGAGAGAGUUGGAUUUGGGCAGAAGAACUGUGAUAUGGCUAUUGUUUUCAAGGACUUCAAGCGCGAUGUCAUGCGGAUAGAUUCAAUCCCUAUUUCAUCCCUUGAUGGCAUCAAGGAAUGGCUUGACACAACUGACAUCAAGUAUUAUGAGAGCAAGGUGAAUCUGAAUUGGCGUCAAGUACUGAAGACCAUAACUGAUGAACCACAGAAAUUCAUUGAUGAAGGUGGUUGGGAAUUCUUAAACUUGGAAGGUACUGAUUCAUCAUCUGGAGAUUCAGAGUCGGACCAAGGUUAUGAACCUUCGGAUGCUGAACCUGAGUCUGACUCUGAUGAUGAAGAGUCUGAUAGUGAAUCUCUGGUUGAUUCUGAAGAUGAUGAAGAAGAGGAUGACGAUGAAGAUUCAGAGGAAGAAAAAGGUAAAACAUGGGAAGAGCUGGAGAAAGAAGCAAGCUAUGCCGACAGGGAGAUUAAUGAAUCAGAUAGUGAGGAUGAGAAGAGGAAAAAGAAGAACUUUGGCAAGUCACGAGCUGCUCCUAGUUCUGCUGCCAGCAAGCGAAUGAAGUUCAGGUAGAUGGGUUAGUAGAAGGCUGUUUCUUUAUUAUGUUCCUUUAGGGAUGCAAAGACUAACUAUUUUG